CGACGAAGAGGGAAUGGCUACUACGGCCGACUUCUAUCCCCACCAGAAUGCCGAACACCUGAGCGUCCCUGGGAGCAGCUCGGCCGUCGCAGUCAUUAUUGCGCCAGUCUAACACCCGCCAGCGAUCUUCUUCGUCGCGACCGUGCCAAAAUCUUUUCCGGACGAUUUUCCGAGACUUGCUUUGCGAGACCGACGCGCCAACCCAAGGGCGUGCGUACAUGCGAGAGAAGAGAACAACCUCGUGGCAAGUCUCGUGGCCACCUCGCAAACGCGCCUGACUAUCGCGUCACGGUACCCCGGCGGAUACGAUGAGACUCUUCUCGGGGAACGAGGAAAAUGUGACGUGACAGACUGGCCUUCGGCGGGUCCUUCGGCGAGUGUGACACGUUCUGCGACGCAAUCAGUUCCCGGGUCAUCUUACAAAAAUGACUAUUACGAUGAGGAGGUUUUUGUCGACGGCAGCGGUGUGUUGCUGGCUUCUGCUGGCGCUCGAUAUUAGCAAGGUAGCCGGACAAUUGUUGGACACGGAGUUCCAGCCGACGGUGACGGCGACGUGCAAAGGCGGCUACAUGACGAUCCGCGUCAACCUCAAUCAAAGUUUCGUGGGCGCGGUUCACGCGCGGGACCACCGCACCCCGCAAUGCAUGGUGUCGGGCAACGGCACAACGCACGCCACCCUCGGCAUCAAUCUGUUCGCGUCAAAGGACAGUCCCGAGUACUGCGGCGUUCUCGUGAACAACCACACAGAAGAGCGUUCCAUUCCCAUUGCUGUUAGGAUACACAAAACUCUGGAGUUGGCGGACGAUAAAUUUUACGUCAUUACGUGUGGAAAAGCAGGCUUCAAAAAUGCCAAAAAUGAAACUUCCCUGGUUUCCUUGCGCCUCUUGGACGGCGGUGUCAGGGUACAAGAAGCUAUAUACGGUCGCAACUACACUCUGCGUGCCGAGAUUUCACGCCCAGACGGUAUGUACGGGAUCCGAGUGAAAAACUGCUUUGCCUUUAACAAGCUCAACUCCAGCGUGCAGCUUAUAGACGAUAAAGGCUGUCCUGUGAAAGUCCGAAUGACGAAAUUCAUAUACGAUCGAGGCACCGGGAUGGCGGAUGCUACAUUGUUCUCAAUGUUCCGGUUUACCGAUAGUUCAGAGGUGCAUUUCCAAUGCGACAUCGCUGUGUGCAGAGGAAGCUGCGGUACCCCCGUGUGCGACGGAGACAAAGAGGAAACGAUAAAGGGUGGCUCCUCCACUAACGGACAAAGCGUUAGUAGCGAAGAAGGAGUGCUACUCGCCGGAACGAGCGUUUUUGUUCUCGAACCUGGUGAAAAACGAGUAUUACAAGCAUUGUACGAUGACGGCGUGCACCCGCUGUGGCUCCUGUGGCUGGCGGUGGCGCUCGGGAUAUUAUUCCUCAUCAUGCUCAUUAUCAAUAUAUUCCUGUGUUCGGCGAUGACCUGCAGCUGCACUCGGACCGACAUUAUCGAGAAGGAGCCGUCGAUCAUCGAGGAUUACGAUCCGUACCGCAGCUGGCACGGUUCUCAAUACGGGUCGAGGUACUCGUUGAACGGAAAGCAAGGAUACGCCUCCGGGGGAUCCACGAUGAAUUCCACGAGGUCGAUAUCGACGAACAGCGAUCACUACGCGAUAGUGCACUCCCGACCAGGAAGCAGAUACUCCGGGCCCGGACAGAAGCAUCAUCAUCAUCACAGAGGCCCGCCGUCCAACAUCGGCUCGCACUACUCCGGGAAGUGACGUUCCCGUUAGCUUCAUUUAUCAAAAAACUAGAACUCCAUUGUCUUCAAUUUGUUAACGUUACUUUAAUUAAACACGAAGUGUACGCGCCGCUACGGCAUUAUUCCAAUCGCACGAAUGACAAGCACGUUCGGCACGAAACAGCAGACCGCCGAUGCAAUUUUCAAUGAAUUUAGAUUGUUAUGCUGUGUGCGUUGAAGCAAUGAACAGUGUUGAGCGAUGUAUUAGCACCUUCUUGAUCGCAUCAUUGGGGAAACAGAUUUGCUAUAGCUGAAGGUCGAAGGAUAUGUGUUGAAAUAUAAGAAAAUCUAAAAAUUGUAAUACAUAAAUAAUUGACAGUCUAGAAAUUUAAAGGAUGUAUUAAAUAAGGAAUUAGAUUAGUAGACAAUAUAAUACAUCAACGGGCCGAGAAAGUGCUAUACAUCUCAGUGAUGAUUGCUAAUUUAUGUAUAACAAUAUCUGAGAUUUUUUUUUUUUUCCCGAGAAAGUAUUAUUUUACGAUGCCGAGUAUCGUACGUGUUUCACUGUUUUCUUCACAAGAAACUUUUUAUUUACACUUUUGCACUUGUUAAAAACAUCAACGGCAAUAAGUAAUGUGAUAGUUUCGGGAAACGCGGAUCAAGUAUGUUAAUGAUAAAAGAUUUUCUAUGAACCAGCACGAUAUGAAACACUAUGCACAUCUACACAUUUACACAUAUCGGUACUUUUUUUUUUACAUUUAGCCUUAUCAUUCGUAAAAUGAUUCUCGUGCUAGACUGCGUAUAUGUAUCAUAAUAUAAUAGUCAUAAGCAUAGACACUAGCAUUUACAAAACUGCGCAAUAUUGAUCCUAAUUAAGAUAUAUGUAUUAGUUAAAUGCUUUUUGUACAUAAAUUCAUUAAUCUUA